GAAGAUAAUAAAAUCAGUGAAAUGAAAAAGGGAAAAAGGAAAGAAUGGAGAAUUAGAAAACAAAUGAAAUUGGCCGGAAUUAAGAGCUUAAGCUCGUUAUAAAAUUUCUUGAAGGGUUUAAAGUGAAAGCAAAGCAAUUUUGAGUAAAUUUUUAAGAUAAUAACGUGAAAACCAAAAAAAAAAAAAAUGAGAAGAAAGUGUAGGAUUUGGUGGCCAAAGCCGCUCUCUUCAACCCUACCAUCUACUUAUAAUCUUCUGUUUGGCUGGUUCGUUUCUUGUUCUUCAGAUUCUGUUGACAUUGUCGUCGCUUUCGCUUCAAAUCACGAGUCUUCUUCGAAUCUGCAAUCUAGUUUUCAGGAGAUCCUCCAUUCCAUCAAUGGUAAUAUGCAUGUAUCUCUUCAAGGUAAAUCGAAGUUUUCUUUGUUGGGUCAGUAUAGACCUUGUCUCAGCAAUGGUCAAGUGUUUUACAAUGGAGCAGAAGAGGAUGAUGUCAGAAAAUCCUGCGCUCACAGUAUUGAUGAUGUUAGCGAAUGCUGUGGAUGCCUUAAACUUGAUGGGUUAUUAGACCAGUGCAGGCAGACAUCUAUAGAAAAUGAUUACUGGAUCGAGCUGGCAUAUGAUUCUCUUCAUCUUAAUGCCUGGGGAAUUUGUUGGAUUCCUAAAUUGCAUCAUAUUCACUGGAACAGGGAAAUAUUGUCUCAAUUUGACGACCAUGUUAUAUUCUAUGAAACUCCAACAUUUGGUGGACACCAUUUCUCAUUGAGAUUCUGGAAUUCUUCUGAGCAUGAGAAACCUUCUCUUAAGAAGCCUCAGUGGGUUGAUGAACUUCAACAAAAGCAGCCUUUAAAUGACUUGGAUACAGUCAUUUUGGCGAUCAACAGUGCCACUGCAGCUAAGAAAUUUUUUGAGAGACAUGAUGGCUUAAAGAGAUCCUCUGCUAAUAUUCCCAUUAUUUGGAUGUUUUGUACCUUUACGUGGCAUAUAUUGGCCGUGUCAAUCGCAUCAUUAUCUACUAUUUUUUAUAUUUUUCUUCAGUUUUUCCAUUACAUUUUGAAUUUUGGAUCUCAAGCAUGGGUAUACUCUGCAUCAGCAAAGGCAUUUAGCAAUACCUGGAUAAAUAUUCGAAUUCGUUGUUGUCAGAUAUUAUAUUGGCCAAUCUUUCUUCAGGACAAUGACCUCAGGUCUCAAUCAAGUGUGGAGUGUGCAGAAAAGGUUGCAUUACAUAAGCAUUCCAUGUGGUCAAGUUUGGUUGUUGAUAUCCUUUUGGGAGACUUGAUUGGUUUGGCACUUCUAUUUCACACAGAAUCUGUCUGUUUAUGGAUUUCUAAUUUUGCCUGUAACUUUACAAAUGAGUUGUUGAGGUCGGGAUGUGUGUGGUUGAUGGGUGUCCCGGCAGGUUUCAAGUUGAACAUAGAAUUGGCUGGAGUUCUUGGCAUGAUUUCUCUGAAUACGAUUCAAAUUUGGUCUACCCUUUGGAUUUUUGUGGGUUCUCUCUUCAUUUAUUUGAUCAAAGUACUUGCUACAUUGGCAAUUCUUUUUGGGUUGACAAUAUCUGCUGCGUUGGUUAUAGACAUGAUUGCGAUAGCUACAUUGCAUGUGUCAACACUUCAUUGGUUAAUCUCAAUUCUCUAUUCACAGCAGUUACACACGCUAGCAGCUUUGUGGCGUCUUUUCAGGGGACGGAAGUGGAAUCCUCUUCGUCAAAGAUUAGAUAGCUUUGACUACAAUGUGAAGCAACAUGUUGUUGGAUCUCUUCUAUUUACACCACUUUUGCUUCUGUUGCCGACAACCUCUGUCUUCUAUAUUUUCUUCACCAUCAUGAAAACAGUCAUCAGCCUUAGCUGUAUGUUCAUCGAAGUCAUCAUAUCUGUUAUCCAUGCUACUCCUUAUAUUAAAAUUGUCCUUCGGUUGAUAAAACCUAGAAGAUUUCCAUUGGGGAUAUGGUUUGAAAGCAUCGCCUGUCACAAUAGUAGCAGUGAUUCCUCAUGUAGUGCGCAUAUUGAUAAAAACAGUUUGCCAUUUGAAGAGGCACCGCAAAGAGAGGAUAUAAAUAGAAUGAUAUCAAUUCUUCACAGCAAUUAUUUGAGCAUAGGACAAAUGGUCUUACCGCAUUAUAGAAAAGCUUUUUCUGGAGUUUCUCGAUCAUACUUUGCGACAUCAGUUUUUGGACUUCUUAGCGGUAACAAAGUUGCAUCUACUUUGGGAGCCACACUACCUUCAACAAUGCCAUGGUUAUAUGUUCCAUACAAAGAAUAUUGGUGUCUCUGCCGUAAUUCGAUUCUUGGGUGUAUGGUAGAUUGCAACUAUUAUAGAUGUCGUGAUUCUUGAACCCCUUCAUUUUGUCAAACUUGAUUUUGGAUUUUGUAGCUGUCUUUAAGCUGUUCUUUUAUUAGAUAGAGAAUUUGGUCAGACAUAAGCUGCUGCUUCUUUUUUGUUUGGUUCAAACUUAGGCAUUAGACUUAAAACAGAUUUCUCAAAGGAGAGGGUGGGUAGCGUCAAACGUGAUGAGGGGG